AUGCAUGAUGGUGUAGUCCAGAUCAAGGCUCACGAAUUGCGCUCGAAGACCAAGGCCGAGCUCCUCACGGAACUCGAUGACUUCCAGCAGGAACUCGCCCAGCUCCGUGUCGCCAAGGUCACGGGCGGCGCCGCCUCGAAGCUUGCUAAGAUCAAGACGGUCCGCAAGUCGAUCGCCCGCGUCUUGACGGUGUACAACCAGACGCAGAAGGAGCGCCUUCGCGAGAAGCUCGGCAACGGCAAGCACGUGCCGGUCGACCUCCGCGAGAAGAAGACGCGCGCCAUCCGCCGUGCCCUCACCAAGUCGGAGAAGGCCAUCAAGACCCUCAAGCAGCAGAAGAAGGAGGCGUACUUCCCCAAGCGCCGCUACGCCCUCAAGGCGUAA